AUGAUUAUUAAUCAUCAAAGUGAAGUAAGCAAUAUCAAAGUUUUUGGAAACAUUCUUCCGUCCUUAAUCACGAUUAUCAGUAAUAUUUUGUCAUUGUAUCGAGUACGGCAAUUGAAUCGUUUAACUAAAAACUUUAUUUUACCAUGUCGUCGGCGAACAGACGAUACACGUCGAGUUUUACUUGUUAUUACCAUUGAAUGUCUACUAGCAAUCAUCAAUUCAUGGUUUAGCGAUAUCUUAAUCAAAUUUGUCUAUUGCGAACGUAAACUACUGGCCGAUGAUGAUUGUCCAAUGUUUUUACAGCAAAACUAUGAUAUCUUAAUCAAAUUCGAUAUACUAAAUUCCAUCUCCAAUAUCAUUUUGCAUUGCCUAUGUGGACGACACUUUCGAAAUGAACUGAAAUCCAUGUUUAAAUCCGCUUACCAGACCAUCGGUCGUUUAUGGAAAAACUUUUGUUGUUGUUACUUACAUAUUCAAUGUAAACAAUCCCAACACGAUCAAUACGUAGCCUAUCAUGCAUCGGUUGCAGAUAAUGACAGUCCAACUAAUUCCAAUUCGGAAUAUGUUUAUUUAGAAAUUAAACCUACGUCACGAUCGUUUCACAAUUAUUGCUGUGAUUGCCGAUGGUAUUUCAAUUAUCGACCGUUCUCGGCGUCGAGACAAUGUUUAUCGAAUAUUUCCAAAGAGUGUCUGAGAAAAAAUCAACCAUUUUCCAUAGGUUAUCAGUCAGUGACCCAAACCACACAUAUUACAAAUCAGAAUUCGAUGAGACUCUAUUUUCCUCAACAGCAUGCACAAACAGUGAUGAAACCGAAGAAGAAAACAUGGUUUUCAUGUUUUCGAUAG